GCCAUCUGCAGGUUCUACAUGGUCAGCUAUUACGAGCGGAGUCACAGAAUAGCAGUUGGAGCUCGCCAUGGUUCAGUGGCCCUCUACGACAUCCGGACUGGGAAAUGUCAGACGAUCCACGGUCACAAAGGGCCCAUAACUGCAGUGGCGUUUGCUCCCGACGGCCGGUACCUCGCCACCUACUCCAACUCCGACAGCCACCUCUCCUUCUGGCAGAUGAACACGUCCCUGCUGGGCAGCAUCGGCAUGCUCAACUCGGCGCCUCAGCUGCGCUGCAUCAAGACGUACCAGGUGCCGCCCGUGCAGCCGGCCUCCCCCGGCUCGCACAACGCGCUGCGGCUGGCCCGCCUCAUCUGGACCUCCAACCGCAACGUCAUCCUCAUGGCUCACGACGGCAAGGAGCACCGCUUCAUGGUCUAGGGGAAGCCACAAGUACAGCGCUGUCCCCGACCUCCCUGUCCUUCUCCCUCUUCCUUUGUCUCUGUGCUCCACACACCCAGCGCCCCUCAGCGCCUCACGGACCGGCCAGGCCGCGGCGGCUCGGCCUAUGGACAUGGACAGGGACACGGGGUGGUUUCUCCCCACAGCAGCGGGAGGAUGGAUGGCUUUUGGGGAUGUCCCAGCUCCCGGAGCAGCAGCAGCAGGACACGCGGUCACGCCGAGGCCUGGGCAGCGGCCGCAGGCACCACCCCGGGCUCCUUCACUGGGGGCCGAGCCCAGGCGGCAGCAUCCCGAAACCCGCCGGCGGACCCUCAGUGUUUCCCAAAAAGGCUGUGUUUACAUGGACUUUCUGCUAGUGACCACUGAAUGAUCGCUGGGUGACGCCCCUUAGGGCCUGUUGGUGAGGGCCUGAUAGGCUCGGGGUCGGGACCAUGAAGGGACGGAGGUUUGGGUGCCCCAGCAGUGCUGCUGUGCUCACCAUCGCUUGCUGUAGCUGGAAGAAAGAGUAACAACCCACGUGUAAAUAUUACGAAAUCUCUCUAAGAUAGAAUAGCAAACUUGAACAGAGGAGUAUUUAUAUAUAAAGGUGGUUUUUGCUACCAGUGAAGGUAUUUAUUUAAAAAAAAAGGAGAGAGAAAAAAAGCUUUUUCUUCCAAAAGCCGCUCCCAUUUGUGCUGGGCCCUGUGGGAAGGCAGGCUGUGUGCUGCAUGGGCUGGCCUCGCCGAGACACCGGGGCAAACAGCACAAAUGGCACUGGUGGGUAGCGAGUCCGGCACAAAAAUUGUGAAAAAUGGGUAAGUUAUUUGAGUGGAUGUAUGGGAACAGUUCCCUCGGUAGGAAUAUUCCUAUGUAACGUUAGCUGUGACUGUGUUUCCUUCUUACAUAUCUAAUUUUAUGAAAUAUUUAAUCGUGUGAAAGUAUGCUGGUUUAUGCUCACAGUAAAGAAAAAAAUCUAUGAAAUACUAUUUUAUUUAAACAUAUUGAUGUAUAUGUUUGUAUAGCUUUUUCUUUGCCAUUUUUGUCUGAAAAGCUCACAGAACUAAGAAGGCUGUCUUUACAUGGUAAAGUAAAAAUGGUACUCAUAGAAUCCUCCCUUCCCCAAAAGGAAUAAAUUAAUUUUUAAAACGGCUUCUAAAUUUAAAAAGCAUUGAUUUUUUUUUUAUUAUUAAUUUUAUUUUAGGUGGUCUGUGUAGUACACUGUAUAUGGAAGUGAGGUUUACAGUCCAGAAGCUACAUAUCUGUUUGCUGUUUAAAAAUUUAAAAAUUAAGACCAUUAGGAAUGUUUAACACAAACUGCCGCAAAAUUUACUCUUUGUAUCUGGCGGGAAUGUAGAAUUUGGUAGAGAACUCUGUCGUAGAAUAUCAGGGUCUUUUCGAAGUGAACUGAUGCAAGGUGCAUGUACAUUGUGUUUAUAAAGCUGUAGCUGUAACCUCAGUGAUUAAAGCAAAGAAGAGCUGCCAGGCUCCCAUCUGUGGGCUGCAGCGUCGUCCCGCUCAGUGUGGGGGUGUGAGGGAGGCGUUAGGGUGCACUGUAAGCACACCCAGAGGGGUUCCAGGAUCCGAUACCACCGUUAUUUUCGGACAGAUCUCACGACCUGUGCGUGUGUUUGCUUUCAGAAACAAACUGCGGCCGCGGGGGGAGCAGCGGGCCGUAGCCCUGCAGUGAUUCCCUUUGUGGUGUAGCGAGCAAACACCUUGAAUGAUCUAUGCAUUAAAGUGUUUGUUUUGGGGUAGGAGUGUAAUGGGCUUUCUGAAGUGCAAGGCAGAGGCAGCCGUGUGCCUGCCAGCCCUGCACACCAAGCCGCAGGGGCACUGACGGUGAGCGGUCCGCUGGUGGAGGAGCAUCCUCAGCCCGCAGCACCCGUCUUAGGGCACCGGGCUCGCUCUGGUCCUCACCCAGCCCGCAGCACCUGAGGGUCCUCUGCAGCCUGAACACAACUACCUGCCUAAACACACCCCCUGCUUCGGUGACUUCGUUAGCCCUAGUCCCCAACUUCGCAGCCCCCAUCUCUCAGCACCGCUGCAGAAUCGGUAUUGUCAUUGCGGUGUAAGCUCUUAGUGCUCUAUUGAUUUGUUAGUGCUGUAUUUGGACUUGUCCUUGUAAACGUGGAGACGUAUGUGGCUUCGCUGGCAGUUUACAAGCAAAAGAUGACAUGAUGAGACACCUGUAUGAAAAUGUUGUAAUGAUGGAAGUCACCAUCCAUGGGAAAUGAUGGAAGUGGCUGCCUCCCGAGCAACUUCUGAAUCCACUCCCCAUCUGCUGUAUGUAUUGAACAACCUGGUGUAAAUAUGCUUGGGAAAUAAAACUGAGUUGUAUUGAA